UUUGCCUCAUGCUGGCUUCAUCUGUCGUAUCCUCGAAAGACAACAGCAGCAAAAAUGGGCGGACGAAGUGAUCGGCCUCUCAAAAUUCAAGAUCCAGCUACUCGCCCUAAUAUCCGAAGCUCGGCAUCUCAGAGAGAGCGAACGAAACGCCAGAGAGGAGCUCGAUCUCUCAAAGCAGGUACCAAUUCUUUCCCGAUCCGAAACCUAUCAAACCCUAAUUUCAUCGAGCCGCUGCCUAUCUCGCUCGCUUCAAUUUCGAAAAUAUCUCAGAGGCAAAGGCAAAUAGAAUCAGAGUACGCAAAGAAAUUGCAAGAAUUGAGUGCUGAGCUCGCAUCUCGUGAUGAAUCGCAGCGAAAUCUCGAGGCCAAGGUGAAGUAUCUGGAGCAUGAGAAUGCAUUGCUGGAGAGUAGGGAGAGAGAAUUGGAGGAAACUGUGAAAGGUUUGCUUCAGUCAAGGGACAGUUUCAUAAGCGUCUAUGAGAUCCAGGAUUCUACCUAUACACUAAGAUGCGCCAUUGAAACAAGGGAUAAAAGGCUUGCUGUUCUUUCAGAGAAGAUACAGGCACAUUUGUUACUAUUUGACUCAAUAGAGAAGGAAACUGCAGCUGUCCAGCAAGUCCUAGAUAGAGUUCAGGAACUUGUAAAUGAAAAGGAAUAUGUAGUGAUAGGAUUAAAGGCCAAAACAGACAAGAUCUCAUCAUUUGAGAAAGAUUUCGGUGAGAAGAUUUGUGUCCUUGAAAGAAAGCUUUGUGACUAUCAGCAUGAGAUUCGAAGAAGGAAUGCUAUCAUUGUAGACCUGAAAGAGCAUCUUGAAGUGCAAAAAGCUAAUUGCCAUUUUCAACCACAAAUUGAAGAGCUCCAGAAAGCGCUGUCAGCUAAGGAAGAAGCAAUACAAACUUUAACUUCUGAGAAGGAGGCAUUGCAUCUUGAGCUACAGAACUUGGAAAUUAGCCUCCAAAAGAUUCAGGAUGUGGUUACCAACACAAACAUGGAGGAUAAGGAUGAACUCUCUCCUGGGGAGGAAGAUCAAGAAGCAUGCAGAAUGGUUAAUAGGGAAGAAAAUGGAAACUUGGAGAACAUCUUUCAGGAACGUGGAGAAGAUAUUGCGAAACAAAGUCCAGUUGGAUGUGCUACAGAAAAUGCAGUUGUGAUAUCGAAAGAGCAACACACGAUAGAAGAUGAAUCUUCUUGCAAAAGAACUCGUGUCAGCCCGUGUUUGUUUAAGCCUCCUGAUAAUCAUUCUCCAAGACGCGAGUGCUGAAAUUCUGCAUCAAGGAUAAACGUAUAUCCUAAUUCAGAUGACAAGAUUGUAUUUGAAACUACCUCUGCCUAUGAGUAGUUAUUAGGUUUUAUAUUUAGGUGUACCUUUUCUCAUCAUUCCAUGAGCGCAGCGUUUCACAAAUUAGCCCUGCUUCAAAUCUAAAUGUUUAAGACUAAUCAAAUUUGUAUUCCUGACAUGCAGGUUAAUAAUACUUUGUUGGUGAAAUACUUGCGACUCUGAGAACUCAAUAACUUGACUAGAAGCUCUGAAAGCAGCUCCAACUUAACACUGAUCUGGGUGGGUUAACUUUCAGAGGCCACUUUCAAGGUAGUUCAAGAUCCCAUACUGAAAACAACAUAUGAUGGCCUACUUUUUUGUUCUCAAGUAAAAUGUAAUUACGUAGAUUGAAACCACAGGAAACUUUAGGAUGUGUGAGUUUGACAUCUACUGAGAGUAAAUUGUAUGAUAUGUGAAUUUGGAACCACUGGAUGCAUCACUAUCAUAUCCAUAUCGUUUGAUGUAUGUGACGUAUCACUGAAUGCAUCUUUAUGUCCAGUUUAAGCUUUUAAAUGAAUGUAAGGGAGAGUUCUAUACAA